CACGGUCACAUUGGAUUUAAAUGACUGAAAUGCUCAUUUGAGAUACAUGUGGGACGCAAUAAGAUGCAGUCAUGUACUCCAGUAAAUUUGCACGAUUAGCUUUCGGGCUGUUAGCAGAAUCUACGUUCAUAUGCCGGCUAACCCGAAACGUGUCCUUUAAAGGGAAACCAUUGCGUUCUCUGUGCAGCUGGACGGUGUGUCAGCAUCACCGACAGAAGAAUCAGCUGUCAAAUGGAUUGCCCCGUUUAAAUGUCCGCACGGUUUCCCAGAGUACUGUGGACCCCGCCGAGGUGCGCAAGUUUCAGGCCAUGGCGAGCAAGUGGUGGGACUUGCGGGGAGAGUUUGCAGCCUUGCACUCCAUGAAUGACCUGAGAGUGCCUUUCAUACGGGAUAAUUUGUUGAAUGUGCACGGUGUCCGGCAGUUGGGCAAACCUCUGACUGGGCUCAGAAUACUGGACGUCGGCUGUGGUGGAGGCCUUCUAAGUGAGCCACUAGGAAGGCUUGGAGCUGAUGUCCUGGGAAUUGACCCAGUGGAGGACAGUGUGCGCACCGCAGAGCUGCACUCCUCCUACGAUCCCGAAUUGCGGGAGAGAGUUCGCUAUCAGGCCUGCACCCUGGAAGACCUCGCUGAGGAGGAAGUAGAGGGAUUUCAUGCCGUAGUGGCAUCUGAGGUGGUGGAACAUCUGGCUGACCUGGACGCCUUUGCCAGCUGCUGCCAGCAGGUGUUGAAGCCUGGUGGCUCUCUUUUCAUCACCACUAUUAACAAAACCAAAUUGUCCUACGUUUUUGGGAUUGUGGUAGCGGAGCGGCUGUUAAGGAUUCUUCCGAGUGGCACUCAUGACUGGGAUAAAUUCAUCAGCCCAGAGGAUCUGGAACGACUGUUGGAGUCUUUUGGUUUCUACAUGGAGGCUAUCAGAGGCAUGAUGUACAAUCCUCUCACAGGAGCCUGGAGCUGGCAGCAGAGCACUGCUAUCAACUAUGCUUUACAUGCAGUCAAACCCAAAGAAGAGCCCCAGCCUGACCGGGUCUGGGCUGAGAGUGAGAAUCCGGAUGAGCCAGGUCGAGCCACAAGUCACAGUUGAGCUAUUUUUAAUGUUGAAACUGCUAUCAAACAGACUUCACCUGCUCCAGAAUAGUGUGAUCUCAAAAUGUUGCAUCGUGCAUUGCUGAACCAGUAAAAAUUCUUUGCCUUUUGUUCCUUGAUAAAACAUAUUAUAUCAGACGCAUGAUUCAUAAAACAUCUUUUAUGAAGCUCUUGCUAAGAUGAGAAUUUGAGGUUGACCUUUUGAACCACACAAUAUUCAUAUGUUGAUGUAUAUUAAUUAACUACAAUUUACUUGUGUUUUGUGGUGAUGAUCUCUGGUUCAUGUCAGAGGUCAAAUAGACAGUGAGAAUUAUAUAAUGAUAUUUUUGAUGGCACUUGUAUAAUGAUAUUUUUGAAGUACUUAAUAAAAUGAACACAAAGAAUAGA